UUGGUACUCGUCCUGUCUGCGGCCAUUUGUCUUGUGUGCUCCGGCCACUGGGGGUGGAGACACGGUGGAAGUAAUCCCUGGAGACGGUUUCAAAACAGAAUGAAGUGUUUGACAGAACAAAGAAACAAGUUAAAGAAGAAAUUGGACCAAUGUCUGUCAUCAUCGCCGAUUAGCGACUGCUGGGAUGUGAAGACACGCCAGAACCAGAACUGUGACGGCACGUACAUGAUCGACUCACCAGCCGGGGGAAAGAUGAAAGUCAGGUGUGACAUGACCACGGACAAUGGCGGUUGGCUCACCUUCGUCAGGCGGGUCAAGGGUGGUGUCGACUUCAACAGGCCGUGGAAAGACUACAAACACGGAUUUGGCGACCUCGCAGGAGAUUUCUGGUUGGGAAAUGAUUUUCUUCACAUGUUCACGGCAGCAAAGAUACGUCAAUCCUUUUAAGUGUGACCAGUUCCAUUUGCCCUGGUGUCACAUACUUGGUAUGUAAUAUAUUUGUAUAUGUAUUUUUAUAAUAUAAUUCUUAUUUCAGGACAUGUAUGUAUUUCACAUGAUUGAGAAUAUCUUGUGUAUUGUAAUUUGU